UUUAUAAAUCAAUACAUUCACCCUGUAAAUAUGAAUCUUUGCUGUGCACACGCUCUACAGUUCUGAUUAAUGCGACAUACAUAGCUUGCGCAGAACGCGAAACAACAGUCCGGGACAGGCGCGUAAUUGUUCGCGGAGAGAGAAGAGAACGGCGCAGACUACAUUGAGACGAUCGAGCAUCUAGUCAUUGCCAAUGUCAUCGAACUCAGAUAGAGAAUUGUCAGGCUCGGAACCGAGGCCAACCAGCCUGCUCGAUGCGCUCGAGCAUCUAGAAGCAGUGGCCUUCGUGCCUUCGAAGCAGCGAUAUACGGACGCUGGCCAGUUGGCCAAAAUCAUCGCGUCAAACGCAUAUGAGAGCGGAAUCCCGCAAGCGGCUCUGGAGCGCCUAGUCAAGCUUCUGACACAGCCUAACAAUCUGGACCAGGGCACGAUUACUACUUUGUUGAAAAACCUUUACCCAGUGGAGGGAGUUCCGUCCAAACUGGUCACUCAGGUUGUGUGCUGCCUUGGCCCGAGCAAGAACAAGCCGGCCCCCGCGACUCAGAAUCAGCUCUUGCGAUGGCUGAUCCUGGUUUAUGACUUCUUUGACGACAGGGCCCAUCUGUCGAAGCUCUACGCGGUGCUCUUCAAUUACUUGGACAUGAUCAGUCUACGCAAGCCGCUCUGCCAUCUUCUUUCUUUCAUUACGCGGCGCAAGCAUGUCAAGCCAUUCCGGAUUCAGGCCCUUAUGGAGCUUGUUGUGAACUCGGGUGGUGAAGAUAAGGAGUUGCUCACUCUAAUGAAGGUCUUCAAAAAUUACUGCCCUGAUGUCCUCGUGGGAGACCUGGGGGGAGCCGGAAGAAAGGCGCUUUUCUUCAAGCACCCGGACCCCGAAUGGACCAGCCAUGUGAGAGCUCUUCAGGACUCGAACGCAGAGAGGCUCCGGGAGACUCAGUCCUCGCGCUUCCAAGUGGUGCUCCGCGGGACCACCAAGCGAAGCAAGAUGGAGGUGCUUGUCCCGAGCGUCCAGACGUCUCGGGUGUCGUACAACCAUACGUCUCUGGAAGAAAUUCGCGGAAUCGAUCAUUUUGUUGAGAGGCUUGAAAAGAUUGAGCUCCCCAAUCAGAUCGUAUCUGCGAUUGGAGACAACCUAGCCCAGAAAUACUUGUUUCUGGUGCAGCCGGAGCCUGCGAAGCGCCGGUUGGACGAUUGGCUAAGGAGCUUUUUCAGUGAUCACUUGGAGUCCGGCGGGGAUCCUGAUGAUGAGCAAGUGGAGUCAUUAGGCUACGUACUGAGCCUGCUCGUGGACUAUGUACGGUAUACAAAGGAAAUCCCAGGCACGGUUGCGUCGUUCCUAAAAUCUUAUAUCCCAGUGUGGAAUGGAGUUGAUAAUAAGGAGCAACUACUGCAACUUCUCGAAUACACCCCAGUGACUGAUUACGAUACCGUACGACGGGAGUUUUUAUCGCCCCUGGAAACCUCCCUGUUACAUCAACCGUUGCCGGUCAAGGGUGGCCUUCUUGACUUCUACUCCUCCUUGGUUCGUCAAUGGGGUGUCCACUUGAGGACGCAGCCGUUCGUACCGGGCGAAGAGAAACCCUUGGAUCGACUUCUAACUCACGCGGAGCUAUUAGCCCUGUCCAUCCUGGAAUGCCCAUCCACACCCCAAGACGGCGACAGCGAUGCCACCGACACGAAGCCGAUCACGCUAUCCGUGGUUGAAUUCUACUGCACGCUCGCAGAGUUGUUUUCGUACGCGUCGGUGAACGGCAAUAUCCGGAUUACCAUCCCUCUAGCGUCAACUGUAUACAGCCUCGUCUUUACACCAAUAAGCUCAGUGAUAUCCAUCGUGAGCUCCGUGCUCGCCAGCUACAAGGCGUCCUUCGAGGCAUCCAUGACAUCCCAAGUCCUCCAAGUGCCCGACUCCACAGACGCACUGUAUCCAACCCAGCUAGUGGGCCAGUUCAACGGCUACAUCAUGGACAUCUGCAACCUGCUAUGGCGAAACCGAGCACUGAACAGCGACGACCCGAACGCACUGGGUUGCCUGAUUCCAGCAGGGACCGUAACCGCACUCACACAAUACAUCCGCGAAAUGAACGAAGCGUCUCGGGAGAGGAAGCGCGAUAUUCCGUUCUCCUACAGCAUGCCGUCGCUAUUCUCGCUCAGCCACCAUGCCGCGCUUUCCAACAUGUCCGCGGCUUGCUUUGCUGGGAUAGAGGAUGAGACUAACCGGGAGGAUCAGCCCCGGUUGACGAGGCCCGUUACCCAGAAGGCGCUGAAUGCGCUGGAGAAGGACGGCGGUGCUAAGGUUAGUUGGCAGGAGUAUAGGGUGCGGAUGCUGGAUUGGUUGGAGGCCGAUGGAAGUGUGGGCGUUGGGAAUCUGAUGCGGAGCACGAUGAAAGCGCUGCGCAAGGAGUGA